UUUUUUUUUUUUGCUCUUUUUGUCUCCAUUUCAAUGACGGAAAAGUGAUUCAAGUCUUCUGACCUACGAUACCGGAUUCACACGAGAUCUUGCAAAACAAGGACAAGAAAUUCACUUAGUAUACGGUACAGGAAAGGAAGCUGAAAUUUUCCUGCUGGAGAUCUUCAUCUCUUAUACCAAAAAGCUGUGUACGGUACACGCUCCCGCCAAACGUCAAACAUGUCUGUUUGCGUCAGCUGUAAAGACCCCUUGGUGCUAGGCAUCGACGAGGAUGAAAAUGCCGCCCCCGUACCAGACGACCUCCUGCUCCCUUGUGGAUGCCAUUACCACUGGCAAUGCUUCCUCGACUCAUCCUCAGAUGUCGUCAUAUCCCUGAAAUGUCCAUCAUGCGGUAACCACCUGGCUACAAACGCAACGGGCCCCUCGGUGACCAACACCAUCUUCCCCUCGUCCCAGGACGUCGCUAUCGUCACUCGGUACCACAGCGAGGGCGGCGUUCAGGACGACUACAACAUUCUUCCCGACGUCACCGAGGAGGCCUACCUCACCAUGCACCCCGAGGCCCGUCCCGCCCACGCCUUUCACGAGAUGUGCGCCGAGAACAACGUCGAGGGCAUCCUCUCGAUACUGCAUGACUUUGACCAUCCUGACAGCGACGAUGAGGACGAGGCCCCGAGGCUGCCAAAGGACCAGAUGCUGAGGUAUCAGGACCCGCUCAACGGCAACAAGAGCGCCCUGCACAUCGCUGUUGAAAAGGACCAGCCCCAGGUCGCACUGCUGCUCUUGUAUCUCGCGUCCGGGCUCGCCACGGACAACUUCCCGCCCGACGCGCUCGAGGUCGCCGUCAACCUUCAGCUGCAGCGGCCGACGCUCACAAAUCCCAGUGAUGACAUCAGGGCGCUCAAGGACUCCCAGGAAAGGACGGCAGAGGAAUACGCAUACCACGCCGGACCUAGGUGGGUCAGCUUUAUUGAGGCCGGCAUGUUUGCUUGAGGCGUCCAGCAUUGGGCUGCUUCUAGGCCCGCGCAACAGAAUCGGAGGACUUUAUGAGCUUUCAAAAUGGCAUGUGAGGAAUGACCCGUUUUAGCCGCCAUGAACCAUUGGGCAAGCAAAAGUAUGCCCUUGUUGUUGCUCGACUGAUAGUACACAACGCAAAAGAUAUACGCCUGAAAAUACGAUAUGGCUACAUACGCAUACUGGACUAUUCCUAACGUGCGAUUCCAUUAAGCCCAACAGCACGCGAUCCCAAAACAUCGCAAGUCUAUCCUCAAAACAUGUCAAGCAGUAAAUUGUCCUCCCUCACUGAUCUGAUCGGCCUGUUUCCGGUCCCUAUCUCCUGCCAGUCCCGCUCCUGUUGGACAAAACCUGGGACAUAAUAAAAUGCGCAACAUCUUCGUCGCUCCAAUACGCCAUAUGAGACGCUAUGGUGUUGAUGGGAUUGAAAUCCAACGCGCUCCUUCAUAGUUAUUUGUUAGUAUCCUCUUGGUCACUCAAAACAAUCCGGAAAGUAGAAAUCCAAAAAGAACGUACUCCUGAAUGCUGUAGUCCACCCUCCCGUUCCGAUUCAGCGCCCGCACCUUCAUCUCCUCCUUGCGCAGCCUCCUGGCCUUGUCCUCUUCUUCGCUAAACUGUUCCUUGUUCUUGACCCUCCUGUUCUCAAAGUUGGAAAAGAGCGUCUCGAGCUCGUCGUCGAUAAGGGUCGCAUCGUUGCCGCUCAGCGGGCUGAGGCCACUGUUGUUCCGGGCAAGCUGGCGCUUGCGCUCGGCCGACUUCUCCGACUGCACCGACGCGUCCGAGAGGACGCCCGUGGCCGACGAGAUGUUUGUGC